UGCCAUUCAACUGUGUCAUCCACCUUUCCACACCGCUGAGCUCGUUGAGCGCCAGCCUCCCAGAUUCCAACUUAUCUGAUUGGCGUCCUACGGGCCUUCAUUCAGAGGCUAUCUAGCCCACGUUAUUUUCCCGAUACCUGCUUGACCCGUCCUCUCAACCGAUAACCAAAUGGCAACCCAGACUCAGACUGGCUCCGCGCUUUAUUCGCUGAAGUUUAAGGAUAAACUGCUCGUGAAAACUCAGUCUAGUGAUGCUUUACUGAAGAAGAUGAAGGUAUUGCAUGCUGAGCUUUGCGGUAUCGGCCAGGAAAACAUCAAUAAAGAUUCUCUAUCUUCUAUAAAGAGUCAUCUCAUUGAUAAGUCGAUCCUCUUACACCGAGAUAAGGGUGUGAAAGCCUAUGCUGCCUGCUGUAUGGCAGACUUGCUCCGGCUGACUGCCCCAGAUGCACCAUACACAGCGCUUGAGCUGAAGGAUAUGUUCCAAUUCUUCUUCCGACAGCUCGUGACGGGUUUGAAGGGCGAGGAUUCACCGUGGUACAACGAAUACAUAUAUCUCCUGGAAUCACUUGCAACAAUCAAAUCUGUGUGCUUAGUUCCAGAUCUUCCCAAUGGAGAUGACCUCACUGCGGACAUAUUUCGAGACCUUUUCGAUCUUGUCAAACUCGAUCUCCCCAAAAAGGUGGAGCUGUACAUGUCCGACAUACUCGUUUCUCUGAUUGAAGAGAGCCCAGCUAUCCCCUCAAGCGUCGUCGAUAUCAUCUUAGCUCAAUUUACCCCCAAAAACGCGAGAAUGGAUCACCCCACUUUCCGGCUAGGCGUGGAUGUUUGUAAAGCGACAUCCGAUCGAUUACAAAGUCUCGUUGCGCAAUAUUUUGCAGACAUCAUUGUUCAGCACAACUCUGAGGAUGACACUGGUGAUCUUGCUAAGGCCCACAACCUUAUCGUACAAAUCAACAAGUCGUGUCCGGCCCUAUUGAACAACGUCAUUCCUCAGCUUGGGGAAGAGCUCACUGCGGAAGAUCCGAACUUCCGGAGCCUGGCGACUCAGACGAUGGGCGAGCUCUUUUCUGAGCAAGGAGGUGAUGAAUUGGCGCAGAAAUAUCCUCAAGUCUGGAAGUCGUGGAUUACGAGGACGAGAGACAAAUCGGCAGGCGUUCGCGUCACCUUCAUUGAAGCCAGCAAGGGCAUGCUAGGACAUCAUAGUUCCCUACGCCACGAAGUUGCGGAGGUCUUACGAAGCAAGAUGCUAGAUACGGAUGACAAAGUUCGGGCAGCUGCCUGUCGGAUUUAUUCUCAUAUGGACUAUGAAACGGCACUCCACAAUGUCACUACUGACCAGCUGAAGGAAUUAGCCCAACGUAUUCUGGACAAAAAGCCAUCUGUUCGACAAGAGGCCCUUACGGCCAUUGGGAAGCUAUAUCGUCUCGCGUUCCCGGAAAUCGAAGCUGGCGAGCCGACGGCCAUCGACCACUUCGCGUGGAUACCCGAAGAAAUCCUCCACUCCAUUGAGAAAUUAACGGAAACGAGGAUGUGGGUCGAACGUGCUAUCUUGAAAUACAUUCUCCCACUCCCCUCAAAGGGCGAAGACGAAGCUCAAUGGUCUGAUCAAUUGCUCGUGGUGAUGCGACAUUUGGAUAUGCGGGCCAUGCAGGCGCUCGUCAGCUUAUCCACUAUCAACGCCCCCCAGCCAACGAUGGAAGGCCGUUUCCUCGAGGCUUGUAAAGAGUACAACGGUGGUAUCGUCGACAAUAACGAAGAAGAGGUCACGAAGAAAUUCAAUGCCAUCGUCACACAGCUGUCCACACGAUUCCCUGACCGCGUCAAAGCUGCCGAAGAUCUCCGAAACUUCGCAAAGCUGAAUGAAUCUAGACUUUACAAGCUGUUGUCUAUUGCUCUGGAUCCUCAGACGGACAUGAAGGCGUUGGUCAAAGCCACGACUGAAUUCACAAGACGCGUAGAGCAGGCAGCGAGCUCGAUAUCAGAAACCAUGAAUGAUCUAUUUCGACGGGCCUCCUUCUAUAUUAUCAAUCACUCCUCUAUUCCCAGUCUUUCCAAGCGUAUUCAGCGUUUCAGCGAAAAUGACCCUGAAGGGGCUGCCAAAGCAGAGUUCAUUUUGGAGCGCAUCUGCAAAUACUGCCCUGCCAUGCUGAAGACUCAUAUCCCGGAAUUCAUCAAAGCACUGUCAGAAGAGGGGAAUGUACCCUUGAUUGGGAUAUCACUGCAAGCCUUGUCCUCUGCCACAAGGGCAGAUCCAAGUGGCGUGAAGCGGCUAGUAGAGAAAGCUGCUCGAUUCGCCAAAGCAGGGCAUAGGAAGUAUGCUAAGUUUGGGACGCGCAUUCUGGCAUUCUCGAGUGGUGCUUCAAGCAAAUGCCAAGAAUUAGUGGAGGAGAUCACUAAAGCUUUAGACAUUCAUGAUCCAAAUGUCCGACUUGAGGGACAGCUUUGCGCCCUCGCCGAAGCCGCGAAGUCUUCACCAGAUGCGUUUGAGGAACAGAGCGAAACUAUAAUUGGUUUUUUGCUCAAGCACGUCCUAUCAUCGUCACCAGAUGAAAUUGACGAGGAUGAAGAAUGGGACGAGAAUGAGAAAGCGCCUCUUGACGCCCGUCUCAAAAUUCUUGCAUUGAAAAUAUGCGUAAAUCGUUGCAUGGCACACGCAACGCGUGACUCUGCAUUAGAUAUUGCUCGACCCGUCAUUAAGAUGCUUUUCGCUAUUCUAAGCAAUAUGGGGAGUGUCAAGGCAGACCAAGCAGACCACGCACAUACGAAAGCACGCCUUCGGCUCCAAGCCUGCUUGUCUCUGUUGAGACUUGCAACUGUACAGAUUUAUUCUCAAGCCAUCAACCCCCAUUUUGUGAACCUUGCACUCCUCAUACAAGACCCUUCAUUCCAAGUGAGGAUGGGCUUCCUGCACAAAAUCAUCCAGCUGCUGUUCCAGCGCAAGAUCGACCCACGUUAUCACACUGUAUUGUUCAUGACUGCUCUCGAUCCUGACAAGGACAUCACCUUGACGGCUCGUGCGUACGUGUUAACGUCGUUACGGCGACUUCCUCGUGAUUUGCGCAUCUUGUCAUAUGAGCAGAUGGUUCCACGCUUGUUGUACCUCCUGGCUCUGCAUCCGGACUUUUCUCUUGAACCCGAAAGUUUGCAGGAUACCGUCAAGUAUAUCGAUUUAUACAUAGACACUGUAUUGACAUCCGACAACAUUCAUCUAAUCACUUACAUCACCCAGCGGGUUAAGGGUGUGCGACUUGAGGAACACCAUUACAGCGAGAACCUAUACGCAGUCAGCGAGCUUUUGCUCCACAGGAUACGGUUGAAGGCAAUGCGGAACUCAUGGACUACCAAUGCGUAUCCUGGAAAAAUUCAGCUACCCGGGGAUGUCUUCAAGCCUCUCCCUUCAUCCGAAGUAGCAGCGAAAAUCCUACGGACUGUGUAUCUGCCCGAAGAGAAAUUGCAACUGCUUGACGAGCAGACCAAGGCCAUGAAGGCCGCACCUAAACCGCGAAAGCCGCGCGGGACAAAUGGGACACGAAAGCGAAAAUCCUCUCCAAUCAACAAGCAGCCAAGACGUGUCAAGCGGCGGAAGAAGCCCUCAUAUGACGAUGAGUCGUCUGAAACGGAUGAAAGCGAUGGAGAAGAUCCAGAUGACAAAAUCGACGAGGAUGAAGAUGUGGAAUCAUCACCGAAGUCAGAGAAGAUGGACGAGGACACAGACGAUCAACCAAGUUCGCCAAAAUCUGGGCGUGGAGCUCCUAGAAAAGCGAAGGUACGCACGGGUGUCUCCUGUGCAUAUGCUUUUGCGAAUCUGAUGUCUGUAGGUUCGGCCAACGCGAAGAGCAAGGGCUGGGGCGUGAGAUGUACCCUGAACCGCUGACAUUCAAAAUAUC